AGUCGCGUUGUAGGGCUGUGACGUCGGCGGCCACUUCGAGUCCGGACAGGGCCGCAGCGCCAGAAUGAACGCCCCGCCAGCCUUCGAGUCGUUCUUGCUCUUCGAGGGCGAGAAGAAGAUCACCAUUAACAAGGACACCAAGGUACCCAAUGCCUGUUUGUUCACCAUCAACAAAGAAGACCACACCCUGGGGAACAUCAUUAAAUCGCAGCUGCUGAAGGACCCACAGGUGCUGUUUGCUGGCUACAAAGUCCCCCACCCCUUGGAGCACAAGAUCAUCAUCCGUGUGCAGACCACCCCGGACUACAGCCCCCAGGAGGCCUUCACCAAUGCCAUCACUGACCUCAUCAGCGAGCUGUCCCUGCUGGAGGAACGGUUCCGGGUGGCCAUCAAAGACAAACAAGAAGGGAUUGAGUAGGCAGCUGCAAGUUUCAUGCGGUCUGGGAGCCCCGUCCCUGCCCUGCCCUGAACCUUGCUCCAGGCACAGCGCCGAGGACAGCAGCCAGGCUCAGCUAUAGCCCCAGGGAUCCUCUGGUGACCCCAGCCCUGACACUGAGGUGUCCUGUACACAGCUCCAUCCUUCUAAUCAGGUGUGGCAGGAAGCAGAGGUGGCUUCACAGCAAGUGGACCGUCAGGUUCCAGGAAGGCAGACAGCCUGUCAGACACCCUGAUUGUGGAACCUGGGGGCUGCCAGCGAGGCAGGGUGGAGCAGAAGGGACCUGAGGGCCUGUCCACGCUCUGUUCUGGAAGUUCGGCCAGGCCUGCCUGACUUAUAGCAGGAGCCGGGAUGGGCCCACAGGACAGCACACAGUUCUCCACAGGCUGCUUGGCCGUAGCAGAAAAUUUAAUAAAAAUACUCGCUGAUAAAAAAA